AUGGGGGUGACGGACCACGUCGACCACGGCGACGACCACGACGACUUCUCCGACGUCAAGUGGAGCGAGCACGUCCACGAGCAAACUUCACGUCUCCCGCCGGCCGAGCGGAUCCGACGUUCGAUGGACGCGCCCGGGUCCGGACAGGCUGUCGUCGAGAGUGAGGCUCCUCCGGUCGGGUCCGAGAAGCUCGAGUGCACCGUCGGCGCGCCGCUCAAGGAGAACGACGGCAGCAAGGAUGCCUUCGUCUCGUACCAGAUAAGCACAAAGCGGCAGCAACGCCCCUUGUGCUCGUCGUGCCCGGCUGCCAUGCGGCCGUCGACGUUCAUCACGGUGCGAACGCUGACCCUCCGUCCUCAGUCGACCUUCUCCUCGUUCCAAAAACCGUCCUUCACCGUCCGCCGCCGCUUUACCGACUUCGUCUUUCUCUCCAAGCAGCUGACGCGCGACUUCCCCGCCACGGCCGUGCCACCGCUACCCGACAAGCAGCGGAUGGAGUACGUUCGCGGCGACCGCUUCGGCAGCGACUUCACGGCUCGCCGCGCCCACUCCCUGCAGCGCUUCCUCGCCCGCCUCGCCCUUCACCCGACGCUGCGCCGCGCGCCAAUCCUGCACGUCUUCCUCGAGAGCGGCGACUGGAACGCCACGGUUCGCACCCAGAGCGCCCGCGUGAGCCUCUCCUCGACCGACGCCAACGCUGGCGGCGUCUUCGACAACUUUGCCGACACCUUCAUCAACGCCUUCACCAAGAUUCACAAGCCCGACCGCCGCUUCAUCGACGUCAAGGACAGGAGCGACAAGCUCGACGACGACCUCGGCCACAUCGAAAAGGUCAUCGCCCGCGUCGUCCGUCGCGAGGCCGAUCUCGAGACGGAUCUGCGUGACCUCGCCGAGCAGUUCCAGAAGCUCAUCACCCUCGAGCCCGGCGUCGAGGCUUCGGUCCACGGCUUCGCCGCCUCCGUCGAGGACACGGCUGCCCACCUACGCUCGCUCCGCGACCACACCGACCAGGAUUACCUCGGCUCCCUGCGCGACAUGCAGGCCUACUCGCUCUCCCUCAAGAAUCUCCUCCGCGCCCGCGACCAGAAGCAGCUCGACUUCGAGCAGCUCACCGAGUACCUGAACAAGUCGACGGCCGAGCGCGACGCCCUCCACGCCGGCCACGCCUCGGGAGGUCCCGGCGGCUUCCUCCGCGCCAAGAUCGAGGACGUCCGCGGCGUCGACCACGAGCAGGCCCGCCGCGAGCGCGUCCGUCGGCUCGAGCUCCGCGUCGAGGAGCUCACGUCUGAGGUGGAGACUGCGCGCCACACCAGCGACCUCUUCGACGACGAGGUCGUCAAGGAGGUGGCCGACUUUGAGCGCAUCAAGCGCCUCGAGUUCAAGACGCAGCUCGGCGGCCUCGCCGACGCCCACGUUGAGUUUUACGAUCGCGUCGUCGAGGUUUGGGAAAAGUACGCGCAGGAAAUGGAAAGAGACGGCCCGGCCAUCCCCUCAUGA